AGUCCUCCCCCCAGCUCCAUGGAUCUGGCUGGUGCAUAAACCAUGGGUUGGUAGUGUUAGCGGUGAUAGCACGAUGGAUCGCACUGAAUGAACCUGCGGUGAUCACUUCCAGUAUCUCUCACCAUACACACUUGACAUGUUGAUGGUUUCCAGAGUAGAUUCCUCUGGGCUUAAACUCGACAAGUGACAGAAGUGAUGUUAAGAUGAGGCGCCUGUCCCGGAAGAAGGCCCUGAGCCUGGUGAAGGAGUUGGACGCCUUCCCCAAAGUCUCUGAGAGUUACGUGGAGACUACAGCAUCAGGAGGAACUGUAUCACUUUUUGCUUUUACUGUCAUGGCGGUUUUAGCUAUUUUAGAGUUUUUUGUUUACCGAGACACAUGGAUGAAAUAUGACUAUGAAGUUGACAAGGACUUUUCCAGUAAAUUACGGAUAAACAUUGACAUUACUGUUGCCAUGAGAUGUCAGCAGGUGGGUGCUGACAUUUUAGACCUAGCUGAAACAAUGAUUACUUCCAAUGAACUGCAGUAUGAGCCUGUUGUUUUUGACCUGAGCCCUCAACAAAGACUGUGGCAAAGGGCUUUGCUUCAUAUUCAGAGCCGUCUGAGAGAGGAACACGCUCUACAAGAAGUGCUUUACAAAACUCUGAUGAAAGGAGCCCCCACUGCCCUCCCUCCCAGGGAGGAUGCUGCCACAGAACCUCCUAAUGCAUGCAGAAUACAUGGAUAUGUUUAUGUGAACAAAGUAGCUGGGAACUUUCAUAUCACUGUAGGAAAGCCCAUUCACCAUCCACAAGGACAUGCACACAUAGCUGCUUUUGUGAGCCAUGAGAUGUACAACUUCUCCCAUCGAAUCGACCAUUUAUCCUUUGGUGAGAUGAUACCAGGUGUGAUCAAUGCUCUAGAUGGCACUGAGAAAAUCACCUCCAGCAAUAGCCAGAUGUUCCAAUACUUUAUCACUGUUGUUCCUACCAAACUCCACACUUAUAAGAUAUCGGCAGACACACACCAGUUUUCAGUAACUGAAAGAGAGCGGGUGAUAAACCAUGCAGCAGGAAGCCAUGGUGUAUCCGGCAUCUUUGUUAAGUAUGAUACAAGCUCUUUGAUGGUGACAGUCAGAGAGCAGCACAUGCCCCUGUGGCAGUUCCUGGUGCGACUCUGUGGUAUUAUUGGAGGCAUUUUCUCCACAACAGGCAUGCUCCAUGGGCUAGUUGGUUUCUUUUUUGACAUUAUUUGCUGUCGCUUCAGACUGGGAGUCUGUAGGGAAAGAGAGGUGCAAAAUGAGAUGAACAAUGUGAACCAUCAUCAAACACCACUGUUGGCUGACCAGGUUCUUGAAGAAUAAAAGUGAUUACUAUCUUCGUUAUUUUAUAUGAUUACUUUGGUGUUUCUCCUGCAAAAGCACAACCAAGAUUGUUCUAAGGUCAAGUUAUUUAUCAUUAAAUCCACUUUUAAAAGCCUCA